AUGCGUGAGCUUACCAUGAUGCAAAUUAUGAAUACUAUCAUUGAGAAGCCUGAGUGGGAGAGGAAGGUCUUUGAUGAGGAGAUCACCUCCAGAUGGACUACAGAAAUCUCUGAAAGUGGGAAAGAUGUGACCCCAAAAAUGAUCGAGUGGAUCCUAGCUGAGCUGAAGCACAAAGCUACCGUCUUGAAGGAGACCGGAAUGGUCACUGCAUUUAACCCUGGAGUUGUCAGGUCUGAUUCCGCAAUCUCCAAAGACUUACAAGCUGCAUUGCAAAAAGCUAUGAAACACCUUGAAGAUGUGCCAGAGGAAGAGAAGGAUUAUCAUCCGGGAUCUGAUAAUCAGGUUCUUGACCUCGUGCACCCAUCUUUGUUCCCAGUCGUCUACGGUCGCAGCCAGAUACUCAAGAAUGAGGUUAUUAGGUUAGACAAUUGUUGGUCUUGGUCAGGCCAGGCCGAGCUUCUUCAAACCCCACCUGAAGAAGACGCAAAAAUAAAAGGCCAAUAUGGACUAUGGCCUUUGCGACAAGGCAUGAAGGCCUACAGCACAAAGUUCCAAUGGCUUCCCUGCGAUGUCCAAUUCAUCGGAGGCGAUGACGACGCAAACAAAUGUCAAAUAGCGUCAUACAUAAACAACCUUCACCCAAAGAACAGUUAUGAUCUUUAUCAGGUAAUUGAGCAGAUAAUUGCUAAAACAAUCCCGUUGUGGGACGAGACGUUGCACGACGCCGUGAACCCUCCUUCUCCUAGAAUCUCAUACGAUGACGUCGAGUAUCUCGACUAUGACGUUCCUGAGCCCGAAUAUGAUGACUUUGGACUUGACAGAGUUGAGGAAUAUUUGGAAGCGCGGAGAGCGUGGGGAGUUAAUAGACCGAUUAUAAUGCCUGAACCCGAAGGCGAGUUUGAUCCCUCGAAAAGGUCGAGAUCUUAUCUCGGGCCAUGGAUCCCUUUGAGUGACAAAUUUCGCGAUUCGGGUCUGCAGGUUAUUGUGAAGUUGGCGAACAUCGAAUUGACUCCGGAAAAGCCACGAUAUGAAGGCGGUUCAUGGCAUGUUGAGGGGCAAUUGAACGAGCAUAUAUGCGCCACAGCAAUAUAUUACUACUCAAACGAAAACAUUACACAUAGCAGCUUAUCCUUCCGUCAGCGCGCAAUCGACGAUUUCACGGAUCUCAACUAUCCGCAAAGUGAACACGACUUCCUCUACUCCGUGUAUGGGUUUGGACCAGACGUAGACGGCAACAACGACUGCAACAUUACUCAAGAACUUGGAAGCGUAUCGUGUCUCGAAGGCCGCUUACUCACAUUCCCUAAUGUCCUACAACACAGGGUUGCACCCUUUGAGCUGGCUGAUAAGAGCAAACCCGGAAGUCGUAAAAUCCUAGCUCUGUUCUUAGUUGAUCCUCAUAUUCGGAUUAUUUCCUCCGCCAACGUACCUCCGCAAAGAGAGGAUUGGUGGGCAGAAGAGAAGAUGAGUCUUGGACAAGAUCUGUUCUCGAAGAAGGAUCUUCCCGUGGAGUUGCAGCAGAUGAUUAAGGAGGAACUGGAGGGUUCGCCAAUGACAAUUAAGGAGGCGAAAGAGCUGAGAUUGGAAUUGAUGGAAGAGAGAACAGCUGUGAAGGGGCAGCAGAAUGACAUGGUUCUUACCAGCCCUGCGGCAGCACCUGCCCCACUUGCCAAGCGCAACACCCCCAACUCAUCAGGCACGAACAACGGCUACUUCUACCAAUUCUGGGAUGAUGGCUCUAGUGGGACUACUACCUACACAAAUGGGCCUGCUGGGGAAUACUCUGUGAACUGGCAGAAUGUUGGUGAUUUUACUGCAGGUAAGGGCUGGCAACAGGCUGAGGCCCGGAAUAUCAGCUUCUCUGGUACCGUCAACAGUGGGGGCAAUUUCUAUCUUGCUGUAUACACUUGGUCAACCCAAGGCGAGAACUAUAUUCUUGAGGAUUAUGGCACCUAUAAUCCGUGCUCUGGUGGUACGAAUAUGGGCAGUCUUAACAGUGAUGGGAGCGAUUACCAAGUCUGCCUAGUCGACCGUGGCAACAACUAUCUCCAGAACUGGUCCAUCCGCCAGAACAAACGUUCCUCUGGCACUGUUACAACGGCAAAUCACUAUAAUUACUACCAGUCUCAUGGUAUGACCCAUAAUCCACUUAGCAGCGCUGCGUAUCAGAUUGUGUCGACCGAAGGAUACGGCAGCAGUGGCUCCGCUGAUAUAACCGUGAGUGAGGCUUCUCCACCGACUUCCUCCUCUACGGGCACCACGAGCUCCACUUCCCCAACUACCGGAACCACCAGCUCCACUUCCCCCACUACGAGCAGCAGCUCAGGCACUGGCGCUGCUCACUGGGGACAGUGUGGUGGUAUCGGCUGGAAUGGUCCCACUACUUGUGUUUCACCUUACACUUGCCAGCAAAUCAACCCAUACUACUAUCAAUGCUUGUAG